ACAGUCGGGAGAGUCACAGGGCUUCACGCGCUGCAGCGCUGAACACGAAUCUAUCCGGAUUAUUCUGCCGUUCAAACUCGGAUAUCGUUCACAAAUUCGUCGCUGUGCAACAAUGUGGAGAGGUUUCAGCAGCUCGGGAGCGCGGACAGAUCCUCAGUGACUGCGGUCGGUCCCCCAACCACCCUCCUGCACCAACCAUUGAAGUGAGUCCAGGAGUGUGAACCGCUCUCCUGCUAGACCGGCUCCUCCCUGUCCCUCACGCUACCUUCAAAGCGUCUCCUGACACACACUUUUUGCUGCCAAGGACACAGAAGGCAAGUGAGACAAGGGCCUAGGAAAACAGCAAGAUAGUUGGAGUUAUAAAGGAAGACCUGCGAAAGGAAACAAUUUAGUGGUAGAGGGAUUAUUCCACUUUUUAGGACCUAAACAUGGGGAACCAGUUAACAGAAAUUGCCCCCAACACCCCGUUCCUGCCCAGCUUCCAGUCUUUACACGUUGUGGUGAUUGGGUUGGACUCAGCAGGGAAAACCUCCCUCCUCUACAGACUCAAGCUGCGGGAGUUUGUUGAGACAAUUCCCACCAAGGGCUUCAAUAUGGAGCGGAUUAAAGUGCCCAUGGGCAACUCCAAAGCCAACACCACCACGUUCCAGGUGUGGGAUGUCGGCGGUCAGGAGAAACUCAGGCCCCUUUGGAAGUCGUACACCAGGAGGACCGACGGGCUGGUGUUUGUGGUGGACGCGGCCGAAACGGAGCGCAUGGAGGAGGCCAAGGUGGAGCUCCACAGAAUCACCCGGUCAGCGGAGAACCAGGGGGUGCCCGUACUGGUUCUGGCAAACAAGCAAGAUCUAGAUGGAGCCGUGUCAGCUUCAGAGGUGGAGAAGGUGCUGGCUCUCCAUGAGCUCAGCUCGUCCACACUGCACCACACACAGGGCUGCUCAGCGCUGGACGGCCAGGGCCUUCAGCCCGGCCUGGAGAAGCUCUACGAGAUGAUCCUGAAGAGGAAGAAGAUGCUCCGACACAGCAAAAAGAAGAGAUGAGGCGGAGGAUUGCAGCGGUUCUGGGGAUAGAGGUGACUUUUUGAACCACUACUUGUCUGAGGACCUUCUCAGCAGACACGUCUGUGACACGUUGGGAACUUGAGUGGGUGAAACCAGAGGGGGGGCCUGUUGGGAUGUCUUCAGCCAACAAACUGUGGCUCUGAAGUCCGUGCCAAAUGUUAACACCUUCCUCCACCCUCCAGACAUCUGGGCAGAGCUGCUUCCUCUGGGAUUGUUUCUGCUCCUGAGCACUCUUCCCUCUCCUCAUCUCCCACCCUUAAAUGAGCACAGAGGAGAGACACUCAGCUCCAGAGGGAAGGACAGAGGAAAACCUGUGCAAUAUACAAUGAACACUCACUGAUGCACUCACUCCAAUAUUGAAGGAUUUUUUGUACACCUUAUACAAACUGUUGUGCCAACAGAGACCUGCAGGCCUGGCCCAAGCAUAGUUCCUGUUCCUUUCACUAAGUUUCAAUGUCACACUUUACUCUAAAUCUUUAUGUUGCAUGAUGUUCACCCAAGUACCUGCUUGGAAAUAUUAGGACGACGCUUUUGUUGAUCAGAAGAGGACUGUUCAGAUUAUUCUAGGUUAGUUAGGUAUGUGAUUGGGACUACAGCUACAGACUGACACACUGAGUCCAGCCAUGCAAGUUUAGAUUGUUUUUCACUCUCCACCAAAGUUGUUUGCCUGUCUCAGUUGGGUGUGUUUCAGGGUUGACUGAAUGGUUGGUUGGUAAGUUCAAACAAGAAGUUGUUUUUACAUUGUGUACAUUUUGUUUUGUAAAAUGUCAACAUAUGAAUAAAUUAUUGAGCAACUUUGGCAUUA